AUGCUUAGUAUAGUCGCACGAAAUAUACGAACUAGUCGAUGUAAUCGAAUGCCGACUUACUGCAUCCAUCGGCAAUUGCGUACUACUCGACCUUUGAGAUUCAACCCAUUGGUAGAGCAAUUUGUUGAGGAACUAAAAGAAGAUGACGAUGGUAAAGACAACAAAGGGAAAGGGAAUAGUAACAACAACAAUGACAAAGAGUCCACGUUUGAACGAUUCAAAUCAUUCAUUACAAAAUGUCUUGAAACUAUUGGAAUUACAAUCUCAUCAGUCGGGGUAUUGGGUUUGGCUGGGUUCUUGUAUCAUCGAUUUUACAAUGAACAUGUAUUAUCCAAAAUGAACCAGGCAUUCGAGAAAGGUGACCCCUCUGCACAGAUAAAGAUGCAUACAAGGACCCACGAUGACAGCAACGAGCAUUUUAUCAAUGCCCAUUGGGUGGAAAGACCACAGCAAAAAUUGAUUGAUGAAAUCAUUGCGGGCAAGAUUAUUGGACGUUACUUUUUAAUUAUUGGAGAGAAGGGGACGGGUAAAACUUCAUUAAUAAUGGAGGCCAUGAAAAAAGUUGGUGGGUAUAAUGUAACGAUAUUUGACGCACACGCUGACCCGGAAAUUUUCCGAAUUCGGUUGGGGAAAGCAUUGAACUUCACUUUCAAUGAGGAUUACAUUGGCUCAUUGUUUUCAAUAAGGGGCCCUAGAGAUACCACUGCUCUAUUGGAUAUUGAGCGAGCGUUUGAAAAAUUGGAAGAGUUGGCAAUACAACGAGUCAACCAGAUCAAGCGUCCAUUGAUUAUGAUUAUCAACAAUGCCCACUUGAUUAAAGAGAAUGAAGAAGGAAUAAAAUUGUUGGAGUUGUUGCAGCAAAAAGCUGAAUCACUAAGCGGACUGGGAUUGCUUACAAUGAUAUUCAAUAGUGAUGAUUAUUGGGUUUAUGAGAAGCUCAAACAGCUAGGAACUAGAUUGGAAUUGAUCAAUGUUCGUGAUUUCAAUAGAGACGAGACCGUUAAUGCCCUCAAAUUUAUCCGUCAUCGCUAUUUCCCACUGGAUAAAGUGUUGAAAGAUGACAUGUGCAAUGCAGUCUAUGACUUGAUUGGUGGUCGUCCUCAACACAUCACUCAAGUCGCUCGUCACAACGAUAUAAUUAAAGCAUGCCAUGAGAUAAUUGAUCGAGAAAAGACGUGGUUUCUCAACCAAUGUGGAUUACUAGGCCUGGAUAUGGACGAUGAUGUGAUGGAAAGUGGUAAGUUUUCAACCAGUGCUAUGCUCCUAAUGAGAGAAUUUGUUGAAAUGGAUCGGAAUCGAAUGAAUACAUUAAUAACAAAUCAAAAAUCUUCCGAAUUUACUGACCACCACUUACCUGAAUUGCCUCUUUGGCGAGCUCGUCAAGUCAUGACACGAGCAGAUUAUAUUCAACGAUAUGACAACGCAAAUAUCUUCACCAUAGAUUCCGAGUCUCGUGUUCGUGCAGAUUCCGUGCCCAUGAUGCGGGCAUUCCAUGAGAUUGCUUCUCAACCUCAUUUCGACGAGUUAUUGCAGGACACUAUUGACAGAGUUGGUGAUAUUGAAUCACUAGGAAGAACAAGAGAGAUUGUAUUGAAGGAUUUGAAUUUAGGUAGUAGGUACUUGGUGCAAGGUAUUAAUGGUGAUGAAGUGACCAUGACCAUGCUCAAAUCUGCCAAAGAAGCUGAUUUGCAUGGAGAUUUUGAAGAGUUUAACGAGGAGGCAGCAAAUGAAAUGGAUUCGAGUAAUGGGGGUGAAAAGAAUGGAGUAGAAGAGGAUCAUGUGGAUGAGGAUGACUUGUACUUGGAGGAGAUUAACCGGAAAGAUUCAAGAAAAUGGUGGAAGAAAAGGAUGCAAAAUCGAUAUGACAAUUUUCUCUUUGACUGUGAUGGAGUAAUCUGGCUAGGAGACAGCUUGAUCCCUGGCGCUGCUGAAUUUAUUCAAUUACUCGUUGACAACAACAAGAAGUUUGCAUUUGUCACCAACAACUCAUCGAAUUCACGAAACACAUACUUGAAAAAGUUUACCAAAUUGGGUAUUCCUAGCAUCACAAAGGACAUGCUAUAUCCAACGUGUUAUUCAGCUGCGUUGGAAGUUAGAGAUCAGUUGAAAGUGCCCUUGGGGUCAAAAAUCUGGAUAUUGGGUGAACAUGGAAUCGAGGAAGAAUUGCAAGAAAUGGGGUACGUCACCCUAGGCUGCAACGACCACAAGUUGGAUCAUUUAGACUUGGAUAGUCCAAUUUUGGAAGUUGACCCUGAAGUGAAGGCGGUUGUAGUUGGAUCCACCAAAGAGUUUAAUUACAUGAGAAUAGCCCUGACUUUACAAUAUUUGUUACACGAGGGAAAGAGUAUUCCUUUUAUUGGAUGCAAUAUUGACCGCACGUAUCCUGGUCCCAAGGGAUUGACUUUGCCUGCUGGUGGCAGUGUGGUCGAUUAUAUGGCGUACACUGCAGAUCGGGAUUAUAUCAAUGUUGGUAAACCAAGCACACAAUUUUUAGACAUUAUAUUACAAGAUAAACGGUUUGAUAGAGACAGAACUUUGAUGAUUGGUGAUACUUUGUAUACUGAUGUCAAGUUUGGUAAUGACGGCAAUUUGGGCGAUGGACGUGGAAGUUUGUUGGUGCUUUCUGGUGGAACUAGAUUGACAGAUUUGCAGAGAUUGGUUGAUAAGGCAAGCAGUGAAAAGGAUUUAGUGCCUCUGUAUUUUGCUGAGUCGAUUGGAUACCUUGUUCAGUUGUUGGAACCCCAGAAGGAUUAG